UUUAAAAUUUUUGGGGUUUUAUAAAAUAAUUAACACAAAAUAUUUGUAUUAAAUUUAAAUUUAAAAAAAAAAUGUCAAAUUCAAAUUUAAAAGUUUUAUUUUUAAACAUUUUCUUGGUGUUAUUCACUGCUGCAAGAUCGUCUGUUCGCAUUUUGCAACUGAAUUUGAUUGAGAUCGAAACGACAAUCAAAAAUGUUGGAUUGAAAAUACCAUUAGUUCCAGAAGUGCUUACAUUGAUCCUUUCAUGUUUUGUGGUUUUUAAGUUUAUUCUUAGCUAUUUAAGUUUAGCUGCUCAUAUUGUAGCCUUAUAUCCAAUUUUGAAUUACGAACUAAAUGACUUACUAAUUCCAACUAUUAUAAUGCAAGCUAUUCAAAAUAUUUUGUUGAACUUGGGGGAAUUAUGGUGUGGAUACAUAAUUUGUCACAAUUAUUUGGAUAAGGAUUCAACAGCGUGCAGUAUAUUUUACAUAAAAAUAUUAGCAAAAUGUACACUCGGAAUAAUUGUGCUAAAUGUGUUCUGGAAUUAUUAUAGUUCAUUGAGAUAUCCUGAAUUGGAGGUUAUACCAAACCGGAAAUUUCAUAAAAGAAUUUCACAGAAACAAGUACAAGAUAUUAAGAUAUUUCAAAGGCGGAUGAUAUUGGAAUCAAGUGAAGUCGAGAUGAAUAGUGAAGUCUUUUCCAAUACUUAAAACAAUAAAAUUUAAACGAAAG